UAAGGACAGUUAAAUUCACGCUGAAGGUUAAAAAUUCUAGUAAAAAUGUCGAUUAAUUCCUUGUCGCACAGUUUCGAGGAAGAACCCAUUUCCGGACUGAUCAGUAAACUAGACGAUCUCGAAAAUACAAUAAGCCAUUUGGAGCUCGACGUUCGAAAUGAGCUACACACCCAACGACUGUUGGAUCGUUGCGAACUGAAUCUUGCUGCACGGUGUGCGGAUCCGUCUGAAACGGAUGCCCAAGGUAAGCGACUAAGUGGCGAAUCCAUUCCGAGCACAUUCGGCGAAUGCAGCUGCCGUUGCAGUCAGGCGCUGGCAAUCUAUCUGGAGCAGCUGCGGCAAGCAAAACUAGAACAGGAACAACUCCUGCGGCAUCUUAAGAUGCGAGAAGAGCAGCUUCAGCUGUACCGCUCAAAAAUGCUAGAAACCAACGCGAUCGUUGAGCACCAAAAGGAACAAAUCCGUGCCCUGGUUGAGAAGGAAAAAAUGGUAACGGAAAAAAUUAAUUUCACUUUGGAGGAAGAAAACCAAACCUUGAUGCAAGAAAUCAACCAGCUGAAAAGACUUCCGGACGAACUGCGGGUGCGAGAGCGGGCUCUCCGAGACGCCAACAAGGAACUGCAGGAGACGAAGCUGACACUCAAAUCGCUGCUGCUAGACAUCGAAACCGGGCUGGAAACCUGCGAGGACAUUUCCGGUGAACUGCAGCAAGAACGAACCCGUGCCUUUCAAACGAUGACCGAAAUCGACCAGGAAAAGCGUAAAGUUAUUACAUGGGUCGCUAAAUACAGUGAGCUGAAGCAGCAGUACGAAUCAGCCCUGCAGCAAAAAGAAUCCGUUGAUCAAUUGGUUGCCGAACUUCGGGAAAAGUCGCUGCAAUUGGAUCAGAUGACUAAAAAGUACGAAGCGAUCAAAGAGGAGAGCAGCAAAUAUCUUUCGAAGGUAGAAAGCGAAUAUAGCCAGCAGGAGAAGAAGUUGAACAAGCGAGUAGUCGACCUAGAAUGCGAAAAUCAGUGUUUGAAGGUCAAACUAAACGACCAGAGCUUUAAAACAUCGGACACUUCUCACAAGAUGCACUUGGAACUUUUGAGUCUGGAACAAAAGUUCAAAGAAGCUCAGGAGGAAAUAAGUGCUUUGAAACGUUUCAACGAAGCAACAGCAGCCGCCGCGGAGUAUGUAACACGCAAAAAGCAAACCUCUGGUAAUGAUUCCGAUUCGCCCUCCCUGAGUCCACCGUUUUGCAGUAUGUGCGCUGUUGAAACAUCCGAAAGAUUGAAAUCUUUGGGAGAUAUUUGCUCGUCUCCCUACCAAAACUCUGGUUCUGAAAACGACACUAGCGAUCGGUCAUUGGAAGAUACAACAAUCCCCGAUAUGCUUGAAGCGACGUGUACAUUUGCUUUUCACAACCUGCGCAGAUUGAUGAAUGGGUCGCGUCCAACUCUACCCACUUGAGUGUCGUUC